GAAACAGAGGGCUGGCGGUGGUGGAGGCGUGUCCUGUUUGAUGACUGGGCGCGUUCAUUGACCCUCUUUUGUGACUGACAUUCGGAAGUACAAGUAGUUCAUUUUCAGGAGCACAGACGGAUAACUUCUCGUAUGUCUGCUUUCUUAUAUUUUAUCGAAGCUGACCUGUAUAUGUCCUGUUUAGCUCUUCGCUAAUUUUAGACAGAUACCCUCUCCCCUCUGCUAGUUUAGCUAGUGUUGCUUUGUGCUAGACUGGUGCCUGCAAUGUGAACCUGAGCUGUAACGGCUCUGCAAGGUAAGUUUAAGCCCAGUAGCUGAUUUUUUUUUUUUUUUUUGCGUGCAUGUGUGUUUUGCAGGUCAUCGCCUUGUAAAAAUGUCCCAGUCAAUUCUCGACACCAUGCCCGGGGCCACCACUGGGACAGUGUCGAUCACAGACUCCCUGAACUUCUGGGAUGGGAAGCGCGUCAAACCUCGGGAGGAGAAAAACGCUGAACCCGUGUUUGAACCCGCAACUGGUAAAUAUACACAGAAAAUACAGUAGGCUAUGGUUCUUUCUGUAGGGGGCAUAUCUCUGAAUAACAUUGCAGGAAACGUUUCUAGAGUGACGGAUUUUUUAGGUUAGUGAAACUAUUACUCUGCGGGGUCACCGUGAGGCCAGACUGUGAUGUAACCGAACUCUUAUGACCCUCAGUGAGUGAACGGCUAUCUGCACCUCCUCUCUGACUGAAUUGAGUCCAUAGACUGUAUAUAUAUUUUCAUAUUUUUGUUGUCAUUUUGUGAGCUGUUAAUGGACACUUCUGCUGGGCGAAGGGUUUACUCAAGAGAGGAGCUCCUUUAAUUGAGUAAAAGCAAAUCUGGACAACAACAUACAAUUCCAGAUGACAUUAGGAGGUGUUGUCGAGGUUGCCGUGAUGGUGCAAAGGUGAAGGCAAAGCUGAAUGCUAGGAGGUGGCGAUAUAAACCCUUUCUUCCAUCAAUCAUUAGGGGAAACGUCAACUCUCUGCCCAACAAAAGCAAUGAGCUGGAGAUAUUGAUGAAGACUGAGAAAGCAUACCGUGAGUGCAGUUUCCUGUGUUUUACUGAAACCUGGUUGAAUCAAAACAACUCGGACUCCAGUGUGGAUCUACCUGGCUUCACUCUCAUAAGGUCAGACAGAGAUGCUCAAGCUAGUGGCAAAAAGAAAGGAGGAGGUCUGGCUUUAUUUGUCAACCAGAGAUGGUGUAACCCUUCACACAUAACUGUCAAGGAGGAGUUGUGUUGUCCAGAUAUUGAACUGUAGUGACAUCAUAUAAAUACCUAGGUGUACAUCUAGAUAAUAAGUUGGAUUGGUCCAAGAACAAGAACUUCAUCUACAGAAAGGGACAGAGCCGCCUCUUUUGCCUGAGAAGACUCUGAUCAAUAGACAUCUGUAGUAAGAUGCUGCAGAUGUUUUAUCAGUCUGUGGUGGCAAGUGUUCUGUUCUACGCUGCAGUCUGCUGGGGAGGAAGCAUCAAACACAAAGAUGCAAGACGUCUUAACGAACUGGUGAAAAAGGCUGGCUCUGUGGUUGGACUCAAGCUGGACUCAGUGGAAGAUGUGUUGGAGAGAUCUACACUGAGGAAGGUGGAGUCUAUUCUCAAGAACAUGGAUCACCCACUUCACAACACCUUGAUGGACCAAAGGGCCAAUGGUGGUGGACGGCUCCUCUCUCUUUGCUGCAGGACAGAAAGAUUCAGAGGAUCUUUUGUACCAACAGCCAUCAGGCUUCAUAACUCUUGUGUAUAUAGUAGAUAACUUUUAGAGACAUAUUAUUUGAGACAAUAGACAAUUGAAUUUCCCUUCGGGGAUUAAUAAAGUUCUUCUUAUCUUAUCUCAUCUUAUCUUAUGUGUAACCUGUUUAUUGUUUCUGCAGGCCGUGUCUUGUGCCAGUUGUUCCCCUGUGGGUCUGAGGAGGUGGACGAGGCCAUUAAGAGUGCCCAUGCUGCCUACCAAAAAUGGAGCAAAUUGGCAGGAAUGGAGAGGGCUCGGGUGAUGCUCGAGGCUGCACGUAUCAUCAGGGUGAGAUGGCCAUCACCAUCUGCAUUGCUGAAACAUUGCCAGUGAUAUGUCAGUGUUGUGCAACUUCAGUUGAAGAUGACUAUUGGAAGCCUGCUUCAAGAAGGAUAUUAGUUACUCAUUAGCAACGCAAACUUGUCCUCACCCUGAACUGUUGGCCUACAUUAUCACAGUAACACCCUUUUAUGUAUCUGUGUCACCUCUUUGAAGUAAUGCCACUGAGGAAUUUCACCCUAAUUUGUUAUUGACAUUACAUAAACUUAAAGCAGUGCCAUGUUAUCCAACUCUUUUAUUCCCCUUAAGCUGUUUUGUCAAAGUAAUGUAUCUACAACUUUUCUCUUUUUGGAUGAAAUAGGAAAGAAGAGACAAGAUUGCAAAGCUGGAAGUGAUCAACAACGGCAAGUCCAUCACUGAAGCACAGGUGGAUAUUGAUAUUGCUUGGCAGUGCAUUGAGUACUAUGCUGGGCUGGCUGGCACACUAGCAGGUAAAUACACACCUAUUCUCAUUUAAAGUAAUUUGAUAUUCUAGUUUCAAAAACUUUUUUUGUGAUGUUUUGCCUGUGACUUGUUUGAAGGCCAGCACAUCCAGCUUCCUGGGGGAGCAUUUGCUUACACCAGAAGAGAGCCCCUUGGUGUGUGCGCAGGAAUCGGUGCGUGGAAUUACCCUUUCCAGAUCGCAGCAUGGAAGUCUGCUCCUGCUCUGGCAUGUGGUGAGUUUGUUGCUGUGUGAUAUACUGCCAGAUUAUGAGAAUUUGAAGUUUGAUGUUACAGUAAUCCAGAGUGAAACAUACCCGUUUUCAACUAUUGCCAGCCUGCAGUUUGUUCAUUUUACUAGUGUCUAUAGUUAUUUAUGUGUAAAUCAAGGCUGUCACAGUGUCAUAUUACUGAGGCCAAAAAUAAUUCAAAUUAACAAUACAGUUUGAAAAUUUAUGGAAUAAUUGACACAAUUAAUCUAAUAAGGGAAAGGCCAGACAAGCAUAAAGCUGUAUUCAUUCAUAGAUUUGAACAGGGUGGCUGUGGCUCAGUGUUAGCGUUAGAGUUGAUCCUCUUUCAGUGGGAAGGUCUGGUGCUUAAUCCCAGGGUCCACUGUCCUCAUGCAAAGAACCGCCUCCUUCUGGCUGCACCCAGUGUUGUGUGAAUAGGAUUAGUUAAUACUGAUGGGUGCUUUACGCAGCAGCUCCUGUGAUCAGUGUGUGAAUGUGGUGCGAAUGAGUGAAUGUGGCAUGAUGUAAUAGCACUUGGAGUAGUGAAAGUGCUGAUUGGUCAGACAACUACAGGCAGUUACGUUUUAUUCUAAUUCACCCGCCUGAUGACACUACAACAGACACUACUUUAUUAAGUGAUUGUUUGUAAUUUGUUGCUUUUAUUAUAGGAUUUUUACUUUUUAGUUUUUUUUUUCAUGUACUGCAAAAACCAUGCAUUUAUUUUUAAAUGAAGUGUAUAUACUUACUCCUCUGGGUUGUGAGUUACAGAACUGAUUUAAAAGCUAAAAAUGGCUUGACAGUAGACAUGUUUAUUACAUAACCCUUAUUAAAGAAGCUCUUCAUUUCUUUUCUUUGUUUUUUUUUUAACAAAUCUUGCAACAUCAACAUAUAGCCAAUACCAGCACAUUUUUAACACUAACAAUGAGUCUGUAUCAGGGCUUCAGUCAUAACCAAAAUUUGCAUUGUAAAUAUCUGGUUGUGUUUAGGUAAUGCCAUGGUGUUUAAGCCCUCUCCAAUGACUCCUGUGACUGCUGUCAUCCUGGCUGAGAUCUACAAAGAGGCUGGGGUACCUGAUGGGCUCUUCUGUGUGGUACAGGGUGGAGCAGAGACGGGGAGCUUACUCUGCCACCACCCCAUGGUUGCCAAGGUCUCCUUUACUGGCAGUGUGCCCACAGGCAAAAAGGUACAGACCAGACCAGUGUGGUGCUAUGAAUUUAUACCAAGUGUUGUUAAAGCUAAAUACAGCUAAACACUGCGAGACCGUGUAUUGAAAACCCCAGAGUUCAAAGAAAGUACACAAUAGAAUCAGAAAAAACAAAGCCUGUCUAGGAAGUAGGAAACCUUUUUUCGAAGUUUCAAAGUAGGGGUAUCAUAAAUUUCUUGCUGUAAAAUCAUUCUGAAAAAAACUGUCUAAGCUUUCCGAUGACGCUUUAGUUAUUGUUGUUGAUAAAACCCAGUGGCUCUUCUUCAGGUCAUGGAAAUGUCUGCAAAGGGGGUGAAGCAGGUGACUCUGGAGCUUGGAGGUAAAUCCCCCCUCCUCAUCUUUAAAGACUCUGAGCUGGAGAACGCAGUGAAGGGAGCACUCAUGGCAAACUUCCUGACACAAGGACAGGUGAGACAUCCUUGUCCUCAAUGCAUAAUCUUUAUUGAUGUAAAGUCUUAAAUGGUUUAGUCAGCCUUAACAGGGUUGGGUUUUCCAUUAGGUUUGCUGCAAUGGGACCAGAGUCUAUGUGCAAAGAGAGAUCAUGCCACAGUUCCUGGAAGAAGUAGUUAAACGGACCAAGGCCAUCCCUCUGGGUGACCCCCUGCUGAAUGAUACGCGAAUGGGAGCACUGAUCAGCAAGCCACAGCUGGAUAAAGUGUUGAGAUAUGUUGACCAGGCCAAGAAAGAGGUGUGUAAAAUCAUUUCAUUGUUAAACAUCAAGGAACGUGUCUUAGUUCUCAUAAAUAUUUGACUAAAAUGUUUGUGUGUUUCCAGGGAGCCAAAGUUCUCUGUGGAGGAGAUCCUUUUGUUCCCAGUGACCCCAAAUUGAAAGGGGGCUACUUCAUGUCCCCAUGUGUACUUGGUAAAUCUUUUCUUUUUUACUUUCCAGUAUGUUAUUUGCACUUCAUCACACUCAUUUGUACCUCUUAUCACUGAACAUAUACCGGCACACAGAUGAAUUCAGUUUUCUCCCUGUGUGUAUGUUUUGUGUUUCUCAGUAUGCACUCUGUGUUACAUCCAGUCCUUUUCCUGCCACAGAUAACUGCAGAGAUGACAUGACUUGUGUGAAGGAGGAGAUCUUUGGCCCAGUCAUGUCUGUGCUGCCUUUCGACACAGAGGAAGAAGUGAUUAAGAGGGCCAAUGACACCACCUUUGGAUUGGCCUCUGGAGUCUUCACAAGGUAAGACUGGGAUGCACAGAGCCCACUGCAGUUUUUCAUUACUCAGUGGUCAGUUGUAGCUACUGAUUUACAGGUUUGUUAGUGACUAUUUAAGAUUUUUGCAUUCCCAGUGUGGUAUAUAAGGUUUUCAAGACAGAAAGUUGCUCUUUUUUGGUGCUUGAAACCCAGAAUUAGAUCAUAUUUUCUGCAUGCAGGGACAUUGCUCGGGCUCAUCGUGUGGCUGAGAACCUGGAGGCAGGGACCUGCUUCAUCAACAACUACAACAUCAGUCCUGUGGAGGUGCCAUUUGGAGGAUACAAGAAUUCAGGUGAGAUUUUUUUAGAGUGAAAAAUGUCACAGUGGCAACUUUUGUUCAGUAUAAACACUGUUAAAUUUCAGUGGCAGUUCUUUUGUUGUAACUUAAACUUCCACUGGCAAAAAUUACACUGAAUUGCAGGAAACAGACAUUAUUUACAUGAAGUCUUCUGAUCUUCUCCAGGUUUUGGCAGAGAGAACGGCCAGGUUACGAUUGAGUACUACUCCCAGCUGAAGACUGUGGUUGUGGAAAUGGGGGACGUUGACAGCCUUUUCUAAACAACUCUCACCAAGUUUACACUGCUGGACCAGAUCCCUGCAAAACAGCAUUUCUCCAUUUUAGUCAUGAGUGCACACAGCACUGUAGUUCACAAUGACAGUGAUGACUGUGAAGCUAGAGGUGGCUUACUUACUUGUUAAGUUCACAAUUCUUUGCUUUUUCUGCUUUCAGGUGGAUCUGCUUUUUAGUGCCAAGCAAGAGAACAAGUGCAAGGCUAAUGUCAUUUUAAGUGCUCAUUAGAAAUAGAAAUUUCAGUUUUGCUUCGAAGCACAGCUUAAAGCCUUUACUUGAAACACUGUGAGUAAUAUUGUGAAAUGUGAAUUGCUAUACGAGAAUAACUACCUAACACAUGCAGAAAGAUUUUUAUACUGUUUGCUUAACACACUUUUGAUCACCAAUCUCUUUUCUCAGAAUAAAUGCUAUAAAGAACACAAA